GCAGCCGAAGGGGGGACAAAGAAGGAGCAGACUGCACAGCUUUGAAACCGAUCCAAGGAUUUUCGAUACCGUCGUUCGUGGAUUUAUGUCAAGCAAGAUGACUGUCGAUUUCAACGAUUAUUUUUGGGGAGACAAAAACAGUGGCUAUGAGGUGUUGUACCAAAACAUGAAGUAUGGCCUGUCGGCCACUAAGGAACUGGCGGAUUACUUUCGCGAGCGCUCGAACCUGGAGGAGUACAAUUCGAAGCUGUUGACGAAGCUUGCUAACAAGGCGGGCUCGAGUGGUGGCGGUACAUUUUCGCCACUCUGGAUCAUCCUCAAAUCCACCACCGAACGCCUGUCGGAGUUGCACGCCCAGAAGGUGCAGAAGCUCACGGAGCUGGUCAAAAACGUCACCAAAUACGCCGAAGAUCUACACAAAAAGCAUAAAACGGUGAAGGAUGAAGAGUCGGGUACACAAGACGCCGUACAGGCGAUGAAGGAAUCGACCAAUGCUGUCGCCAAGGCAAAGGACAUCCACAACACACGGCUGCAGGAGGUGGAAAAGGCACGCAAGGAGAGUUCUACCAAAGAGAUAGAGAAGUCGGAGGCCAAGCUGCGCAAGCAUCAGGAUGACUACAAGGCGUUGGUGGAGAAGCAUAACACGAUCAAGCAAGAGUUUGAGAAAAAAAUGACAAUAACCUGCCGGCGUUUUCAAGAAAUGGAAGAAGCUCAUCUAAAGCAAAUGAAAGAGUUCCUGUGCUCGUAUAUGGAUAUCGCGCAGAAUAAUUUCGACUUAGUUGGACAGGUUCAUUCGGAUUUGAAACGUCAAUUCCUGGAGCUAACGGUAGAUAAGCUUUUGGAGCAGUUUGUUCUCAAUAAGUACACUGGUUUGGAAAAACCGGAGUUGAUUGAGCUUGAUUUUGAAAGCGGUACCGGUGGAGCCAGUGCUACCGGCAACAGCCAUCAGUUGCUAGUAAACACCUCGACCGGGCCGAGUAGUAGCUCUCCCGCGCCGUCGUCCUCCGUUGGCGGUGGACUGCUCGAAUCUCCAACGCUGUCGGCCAACAGUGCCACACAGCCGAUCGCUAUCUCAGGUCCACCGAUGAAAAAGGAAAGCCACAUUCGGUCGUGGUUCAGCUCGAGUUCGACGGCAGCUGUGCCGACUAACUCACCGGUUAAUCUGUCCACCUCACCCACGGCAAUUUCGGUAGGUGGUGGCCUCCGUUACGACGGACUCGGUGGUAGCGACGGGCAACAGCAUCAGCAACAACCGCAGCUGCAAAUGUCUUUACACCAUCCGCAACGGGCCAUGUCUCCGAUACCGACUGGAAGCGGCGGGGCGCAAUUAAACGACAGUACAACGACCACGGCGAAUGUAUCCGGAUCCGCACAAAGUACGAGCAAGCAAACAAGUAAAUCGUUCUACGGCGAUCUGUUUUCCUUCAAACAUAGCAAUACCUCCGCUAACCACCAUCAGCCAAACUCGCCCAAUCUGCCAUCUAACGGACAUAACAGCAACAGCGGCAAUAAGCAACAAUCGCCACAAAUGAAACAACCGGAACAAGAAUCUUUACAGCAACAGCAGCAACAUCAGCAGCAACAGCAACAACAGCAACAACAGCAACAACAACAAAAAUCUUCCCGUCGCACUACUUCCCUUCUAAACCUCUUCAUGUCUAACUCUCAGGGAAGUCGCGAUAGCCGCGAUAGUCGCGACUCGACCGCGAGUGGUGCUGGUGGCGGUGGUAUCACGGGUGCCGGAGGUACUGGCGGUGGAGCCAGGAAUUCCAUGUCUUCCACCGGAGGCACUGUUUCCGCCCCGACCAGCCCGAACGAUCUGGAGACCGGCAGCAGCGGAGGAGCUAUCGACCACCACCAUCAACAGCAGCAGCAGCUAGCGUCGUCGACCACGGCCAGUUCGUUUAUGGGCCGGAAUGCUUUGCUGCGAGGCUCGAAAUUUUCUGGAUUCCUGCGUAGCCGGCGAGAGAAGGCCAAAUCAAAGAAAGCCAAAAAGAAGAAGGAUUCAACGGAAAAUUCCGGUGCCAAAGAGGACAAUAUUUUGGACGGUGACAGUAAAGCUGAAACGGGAACUACGGACAGUGCAACGAAUUUGCAGACGACUUCCGCGGUCAGUGCAUCGAACGUAGCUCCAACGGCCACCCCCGAGGUCGAUGAGGACGGUUACAGUAUACAACCGCGAGAAACGACGUGGGACAGUGCCACUAUCACCGAGAAAAGUAAUAACUUCUAUUCCAGUUCGGACAGUGACAGCGAAGACGAGCGAGAGGAACGCAAAAUACACGUCGAAAUUAAGCCACUUAAUAACGGGGCGGCACCAAUCUCGGCCAGUGUCGACGAGUUACGAGCAACGGUUGAAAACCUUUCGCUCUCGCCCAUCGGUAUUCUGACAUCGGCGCGACGUGGCUCAAGUUUCGAUCCCCAGUACCCGGACCGACUGCUGCGUAUGAAACGCUCCAAGUCCGUUUCACAGCAGAUCGGUGACAACAGCAAACCUAGCCACGAUCUGCUGUCGUUAAACCAUUCUAUCUUUCAACAGCAACAGCAACAGCAGCACCACCAACAACACCAGUUACAUCAACAGCAGCAGCAACAACAGCAGCAGCAGCAGCAGCAGCAGCAGCAGCAGCAGCAACAGCAGCAACACGCGCUGCACCACCAACCGUCGAUCGGAAAUGCUUCGCUGCUGAACAACAAUGCGGCGCAUCUAACUAGUCCGAAUGCAUCGAAUGCCUCAACGCCAACCACUGUGCAUCCGUACGCACCGCUCCAAAGUCCAACGUUGUCGAUGUCUACUAGUUCCAACAAUCGAUAUGCCGAUCUGGGAGACAUUUUCUCCGAGGUCGGCGAUAUCAGUGUUUCGGCGCCCGCUUCAGCAAAUCUAACCAAGCUGUCGCAGCGCCAGAUUCCGACGCCGACCUCAACGGGUGGUAGUAGUAUCGCCAUUCCGAGGCCACCGUCCAGAAGAUCUGAAGCAGCGGUUGCUCGCGACCGGGUUAGUCCUGCCUCACAAAUCGCCCGUGCCGACAGUGUCGGUAGCUUGGAGUUCCGUAGCCCAAGCGUCGGUAUCGGUUCGUCCCGCGGUCCGUCUCCAUUGACGAUCGGAAUGUCCGAUACGAUUCCACUAGCAGUUGCAUUCCACGAAAUCAUCCAUGCGUAUUUCAAGGGUGCUGACGAGUCCCGCUGUCAGGUGAAAAUGUCAGGCGACAUGAUGAUAUCCUUUCCGGCCGGUAUCGUCAACGUGCUGACCAACAACCCGAACCCGGCCAAGCUGGGCUUCCGUAUCAAAAACCUACAGAAUCUCGACAACGUGCUGCCGAACAAGCAGCUCAUCUCGAUCGACCGGCUGCAGUCGACCAGCUUUAGCACUACGCUCGAGUUCAACAUGCCAGUAUUGACGGCGAUCUUGCGGCGCCAGUCGGAGCAGAACCCAACCGCACCACACAUCAACGUCGACAUCCUUAAGUAUCAGAUAAAGGCGAAACCGGGCGCCGCUUCCUGUCCGUUCCAGCUCGUUUCGUAUUGGAAGUGCGAACAGCGGCACACGGACAUUAAAAUCGACUACAAGUACAACUGCCACGCAAUGGCGCAAGCGUCGCCACUGCUGAACGUGUCCAUAUCGGUGCCGGUUGAUGGUGGUGUCAAAAAUGUGCAAUCGAAACCACACUCCGCCUGGCAAGGUGAAUCGAGUCGAUUGGUGUGGAACUUUACGGACGUCUCGCAACACUCCGAGAGUGGUGGUGUAGAUACGCUGCGGGCCCGGCUCGAGGUAGGUUCGGGGCCGUCAACACCUGCCAUCAUUUCGUCACAGUUCAACUGCGAGGGUACAACACUGUCCGGAAUUGAGUUCGAGCUUGCUGGUACCGGCUACCGACUGUCGCUGGUCAAGCGUCGGUUUGUAUCAGGAAAGUAUAUCUGCGAAGGCGACGGCAUUCGGACGGCGAAAACUCCUACCCCACCGAACGUGCCCGGCGUCAUGUCUCCAAUACCAUUCGGUACGAGUAAAUCGGCCAACGCUCCGUCUGGCGGUACCACUGGAUAGUAUCGGUUUUUGUAUUACUAAACCAAACGCAAGAUCGUCCAAUCGGCGUCAUUUAUCGGUGAGCAGCAUUGUUGGCCCGGGGGAAGGAUGAUUCUUUUCCUUGUCCGGUGGCCCGCAUGUUGCACAGAACGAAAGUUACCAUCCUUUUUCAAUGUCCGGCAUCAUUGGGUGUGAAUUGCACCGGAACACAGGGGGACGAAUAGGUGGUUUAGUUAUUUAGUACUCAAUACUAGGCUAGACUAACAAGUGAACUAAUGACGGAAUAGUCCAAGGAAGGACACAGAAUCUAUGUGCGGAGGGAAAUGAAACAGAAGAGCGAACAGGAUUCAAAAAUCAGAUUUUGUGAUGAUUGUUAACAUCCGUUUGAAGUACAUAUGGCCGGUUCUCUGUCAAGGCAGUAGUUUAUAACCAUUAUUAUGCUUUAUUGUAUAAGGUGCCUUCCGUUGCGGCUUAUCGUCGCUAGUCCGCGUAGUACUUUCUGGAAGCCCUGUAACUUGUUUACAGCAAUUAAGUGAAACGAACAUCGCCUGACUUUCAGUUGCAAGUUGUGGUUAUUAUCUCUUUUCCAAUACUUCAUACGUGUCGUGUAUGCUUUAAAUAAUAUUAAAUUGUAUUAAUCGUAGGCAGUUGUGUGUAACAAACGCAUCACAAAUUGCGCCUUUUGUUUGUUUUUUUAUGCAUUAAAUGUAUAGUAGUUUAACGGAAAGAAAUCAAAUACAAAGUAGGGCUACAAUUGGUAAAGCGAUAGGAUGAAACGGAGAACUCAUAGAAGGCUUACCAGAAUGCUCAUGCACCCGUUUUUCCGUUACAGUACUAUAUAGCACGCUAGUUCAAAUACUCAGAUUUUGUCCUUUGCCAGGGAACAAAGUUUCCUUCCCAAUCAGCUGACAGGGUUUUUGUUUUUGUUAUACUUGAUGCAGUUGUGUAUUUGCCUUUAAGGGGGCGCAGUUGGUGUGCUCGGUGUGUAACCGACCUGUGUAGAAACCUUAGGCAUAAUCCUCUGUAACCGCUUGUGGCCUCGGGAUGUGUGGACUGUGGUGACGUACCUCUCCAUUUCUGCAAUCCCGAAAAUGUCUGCGUUGAGGAACGGAGAAAAAGAGAUCGAGAAUCUUGGACGUAUGGACUAGCAGUAAAAUUAGAUAAACGUGCAGAGUAACGCUUCAGUGUGGGCGCGCGCAAUAGCUGCAGCAGCAUCAGAGCAGGCGUGAAGAAAGACUCCGUCAAUCCCUUGUGUAAUAUGUGUAGGUUAGGGAAGACGUUUUCUUUUCCGUAUUAUACCUAUACUUCAAAGCGAAACACAUUUCCAGAUAGAAACAGGAAACGUAACAUUCAUUCACAAGUAUCAAACUAUUAAUGAUGCGCACGUGCAGUGGAGACGAAAAUGGAAUAAAAAAAAACUAGACUAAUAGUGAAGGUAAAUAAAUUAUGAAAUGAAACAAAAGUUCGAAGAGGAUUAGAAAAGGGGAAAGAAAUAUUUAGCCUAGAAUUGAAGAAGAAGCAUCACAGAUUAAGUCCAUUCCGUUGCCGACAUCAGAAUGCGAAUGUUGCAAAGAUUCCACAAAAUUAGCAUAAUUCUCUCUUGCUGUUCCUUUAAAAUGCGAAACCUGCCGGAAAAGGCGGUACAAAGUUGGUGUGUUUGAUUGACCAACACAGGUUUGUGUUGACUUUCGGAUCAAGUUAUCCUUGCUUCUGUGUUCCGCCCAUUGCAAUGGCCUCCACUUUCGCCUUUUUUCCGCGUAAACAAUACAGUCGUAAGAUAGGAAACGCGCAGGGCUUUGUCAAUGCUUUAGUUGUUAAUGGUGAUCUUUUCUACCACUUUCUUCACAGCACGAAAUACAUCACAAAAGCACUAGAAACGCAAUAUAUCGAGAGGAACGAGAAGAGUAAAGUGA